AUCAUUAAACUAAAUUUCUGAAAUAUUUAAUUUUGGUUUGAUAAGAAACCGAAUAAUCAGUUCAAAAAAGAAAAACUGAAUAUUAGAAAGAGUAUUUUACAUGGGUUCCUUCAAAUUGAUGGUUACUUUCAUUCUUGUUGCUAUGACGACCAUUUCAUGUGAUUUUUUUAAUGUUGAAACGGGGAUUUUUGUGGAAGCUGCGGCUCCGAAAUGUGGACCAGAUUGUACUGAAAAAUUCUUAAAUCAAGACUGCUAUAAAUACUGUGUAGAAUUGUCUUAUAAAAACGGUGUUUGCGUUCUAUCCGAAGGAUUUCCUUCUAAAAUUUCUACAUAUUGGUGUUGUUGUCUAAAUUUUUAAAUAUGUAAUAGUCCUCUCUGAUCAAUAUGUUGUUUCCUUAAGUCUUUAACUAUGGUGUUCUCUUUUUCAGUGGAAAGAUCAAAUAAGUGUGAACUUGAUGUCUUCCGUUAACGUUUCACGUAUUUUUUUGUUUCAGAUAGAAUUGUAUCUGGAAAUGUUGGUGUAUUUUCAUGUUUUUGAUGAUCCCUGAGACCAGUUAAUAAUCUAACUAUUUUUGUUGUUAUCUAUUAAUAAUAGCAAUUUCAAUUAAUUCUAAAGGUUGUGAAUCUCAUUUAUGUUGAAAGGUUCUGUCAUUUAAUUCUAAAGGUUGUGAAUCCCAUUUAUCUAAUAUUAUAUCAAAAUAAAAUAUUUUUAUCUACAUAAAAUUUGUUAAAAUUUUAUUAUUGUACAUUUUAAAAGUUUAUUAUACCGCAAAAUAUACAUUUUAUUAUUUUGAAACAAUUUAUCCUACUUGUAAUUUACAUUAUAUUUUAUAUCUUUAACUUUAACAAUUGUAGAAAAAGUCAUUUUAUUGAUAUUUCUUACUCAAUUUAUCGCAAUAUUUUAAAAACACAUAAAACUAAUUAGCUCACAUUUAUAAUAACACAAAAAAUACAUGCAUCUUGACAAAUAAAUAAAAUUAAAUACAUAAGAAUAUAAAAAAAACAAGAACACAACAAACACAUUUUAUUAUUCUUCCCUCCUGUUUUUUAUUUAUGUCUCCUUUAUUUUUUGACUAUUCAAAACAAGCAUACUAAUUUUAUUAUAAUCAAAGCUAUAUGAACAAUAUUAAUAGAGUAUUAACUCUAGGAAAAGCAUGUGAAAAAUACUUUGAUUAAUUUAAUUUUAAAUAACUUACUAUAUAAUAAUUCUAAAUAAAUUACCAUAUAAUAUAAUUUUAAGUGACUUACCAUAUAAUAAUUUUAAUUCAUCUGUUUAUAUUAAUAGAUGAAUUAAAUAACAUUUAUUGAUUAAUAUAAUUUUAAAUGAUUUACCAUAUAAAUUUUAUGUUUAAAAAUAUAAAAAAUAUUUUAAUCAUUUCUAAAAGUGAUAACUUAUCUAUGAUGUCACAUUGUCAUUGAAAAAUGAUGAAAAUUUUUUAAAAUUACAUAUUUGAUUGUUUUGCAUUCAUUUGAAACGUGUUAGAAUAUAUACAUAUAUAGUGAAUGAGUGAGUUUAAUUAAUAUUAUUAGUUUUACAUUAAUUAUUUUUCUGGAAUCUAUGAUUUAUUGUAUUCACUACUAAUAUAAAUAUAUUAAAAACUGUUUUAUAAUUGUUUAUGUAGUAUCAUUUCUAUUUAAAUGUAUAUUAUCAAUAUAUAUAAUGUAAUCUAUGAUAUUUAAUUGUUUUUAUAAAUAAAUUAUAUUACUUUAUCUAUAUUUAAGAUGUUUAAUUGUAUGUUUGGAAACAUAUAUUAGAUUAGGUAAUUGUAGGGUUAGUUUCCUUUUAAAACUUUAAUUAAAUAAAUAAAAAAACUAAAAACCAUCAAUCAAUAAAAUUAUAACAAUUAAUUGAAAAUCUCUCAUAUGAGCGACACAUCAACAUAAAUCACUUUAGUGACUUCUCAAUUAGUAUAUAGGAGGAUUUUUUUUAAAAAACAAUUCCUAAUUACAUUAAAACACCUUCUUAAGAGCCUGCAUUAAUCAUGGUCUUAGGACAUUGUUAUAAUCUGUAUUUAUGAUGUUGUUUGAGUCUUUGACCCAUGAUCUUUUAAUCAAUCAUAAAUCAGUUUAAAAGACCCUGAUUGUAAAAGAUAAGUGAACAAAUUGUUACAUUGUUAAUGUCCUGUCGACGAACUACAAUAAAAACUUUAUAAAUUAAUAUUCGAUAAAUUAUAAAUAAUAUAAAUUAAUAUUUUUUUCCUUUUUCCGAGUUGGCGGUUCAAAAUAUAACACAAAUUGAUAAAACAAUAAGAUAAUAUUUUUUUAGAAAAUCAUAUAUAACUAUAUGGUCCCAUUAAAAUUAUAAAUUAACAAUCUAUCUAUAUAUAAAUUUUAUGUAAUUACAAACUAAACAUUACAUUGUUGGUUUUAUAUUCAUAACAAAAUUAGCUCUACUUUUCUUAAAAUAUCAAUAUAUUUUGAUAAUAUUUAGUAAAAUUAUAUCUAAAACCACAUUUGAAUUCUAUAAAACAUAAAAAUAUACAUUAAUAAUAUUAUAAAAAGUAUGAAAGUCUAAUUUCUAAAAUUUAAUUCAUGUAUAUACUGUAAAAUCAAAUAUUUUUUAUUUUAUAAAUAAAAAUAGUAAAAUA